AUGAUACUAUCCGAAGCUUCUUCAACUCCCAAUCUCGCAGAACCGGCGUACCACCCUGUCGACCGCGCAUUUAUCACUCCACCUGCUCCCAGAUACGACUUUUUCAUGACUCUCCACUCACACAACUGGCCCAUACGUCGAAACCCGGGCCUCCUCCCCCCACAAGUAAAGGCCAGCGACGUCAAAUCUUCACCAAUCCUACCCCCUCCACCACCACCACCACCACCACCACCGAAUUUCGACAACUACCCCCCAUUUUUUCGGAGACUAGCGCUGUCAAUGCCUCACCUCCCACGCCCUCCCAGUCGCGACGACUUUCUUGGCCUCGCGACUGGAUUCUGGGCACGCGCGCGUAUCCGAUUCAAGUGGUUUGCAAUCAAGUCGUUUCGAAGGUUCAAUGCAGAUGAUGUUUCGGCGUUUAUCACCUGGUUCCUAAUGAGCCAGACAUUAUGGAUCUUCGUUGGAACGUGCGUCGUCAUUGACAGUCUGGCCGCAGCUAAAUUUUACCUUCCAGUACGACAUUUUUUUUCGGUCAUCUUUGCGACCGCAAAUAGUCUCCAGUUGCAACACUACGUCGCCCGUGCAAUCAGUGACUAUCUCACCUCUGAAACGGGCGUAACCAUAAUAUUUGAGUCCGCCAUCGUCCCAAAGUGGAAAGAUUCGCGAAUAUCGUUUAAAAAUGUUUUCAUCUCCCGCCGUCCCCGUGGCACAACGGUUAGCAACUCCCGGCAACAAAUUGAAGGCUUCGCGGCGGGUGGAUAUGAUAUUACAGGACACCCUGCUUAUCAUGGAGCGGAAGACGAAGAUGUUCGAAUGCCUGAAGAAGAGGAGGACACAAAUUACUCCAUGUUCGACCUCAAUAUCGACUCGGUUGAUGUCACGUUAUCGCUCUGGAGAUGGCUUGAUGGCAAGGGCUUGGUUCAGAACGCGGUCAUCAAGGGUGUCAGAGGCGUAUUCGACCGCAGAUCCGUGUAUUGGGACCCUGACAAUCCACUCGACCCGGCAUCUUUCCGCCAUCCUGCUUAUCCAGGCGACUUUGAGCUCGAGUCAUUACAGGUUGAAGACCUUCUCGUGACGGUCUACCAACCGGAUGGCUUCCGCCCGCACACUUUUUCCAUAUUCCAAGCUGAUAUCAAAUGUUUCCGGAAGCAAUGGAUGUUUUACGACUGGCUCUGUGCAGAGAACAUUGUGGGACAGUUUGAUAACUGCUUAUUCAGUCUACACAAACCGCAGAGUAUUGGCCGGACGACGGAGAAGGAACUGGGCGAAGGUGAUUGGGGUCGAAUGUCCCGAGUUCGGAUUGAUGGCGUCCCGAUAGACCACAUACAGCGCGCCACCACGACGCCGGAGGGACCCAUCUCAUGGAUAACCUCGGGCAAGGUUGACGCCGUGUUCGAUAUAAAGUUUCCUCGAAACCCGGACGAUGACUCAGACUUGAAUGCAAUUUUGGGUGAGAUCGCUGAUGCCAUCACUACCACGCUCGAGCGCAUUCCUGCUCAACGAGGACUCGCUAAGCCUCCAUUACAAGCUCCUAAGGAGGAUACUGGGACCGAAGAUAGUACAGCACCGUCAUCAGGACCUAGAGUGGUUAUCGACAUCGAGUUACGGUUUCGCGACCUUAAGGCUGCUGUGCCUCUGUUCACGAAUGAUUUAUCGUACGUGAAUAAUGCGCUGAUACGGCCUAUCGUCGGCUUCAUGCACGCCAACCGGACGUUAAUCCCGAUUCGGUGUCGGGUCGUCAAGGAAUUGAGCGAGUUCGACGGUUCCUGGACUAUGUGGGAAUCCGGCCUGAUGGACGAAAUCUCCCUGCAAGUUUACGACGCUAUGGCAUUCCAUGUCAUGCAGGCCAAUCUGAAUCGGCGCAUCAAGACUGUCAGUCUGUGGAGUCUGCAGAUGACGGCGAGUGCGAUGUUAGCGACUCUGAGGAGUCUGGUGGACCCGAUGUCGAACAGGGUGAGAGAUGCGUAUAUGAGUGGUCUCGGGUUUCCCGAGGUGUUUCCCCAUUCUGACCAGCUGUAA